UUCUGUAUCUCGCUUACAGCCCUCUGCCGAGCUGCGGCCUCGGGCAAAGCGAACGCCGACCUCGAGGCCGCACGUCCAUGUCACUGCUCCUGCUCGCACACCAUUCCUGGGAGGCUCCGUGUCACUUUCCUGUGUUUCCCGGGCACAAACCGCACCCCGGCUGUGGUUUCGGCCGCAGGUUUCUCGCUCUCUCCAUCCCAAACCCCCAGCUGCACUGGGCCGCGGCCUGGCCGGGGUCGCUCCCACGAACGGGACCGAGCCGCUCCGCUGCGCUGCGCUCCAUCCCGGCCCCGCGGCUCCCUCGGCUCCCUCGGCUCCCUCGGCUCCCGCGGCUCCCUCGGCUCCCUCGGCUCCCUCGGCUCCCUCGGCUCCCUCGGCUCCCUCGGCUCCCUCGGCUCCCUCGGCUCCCUCGGCUCCCUCGGCUCCCUCGGCGUCGCACAACGCCCCGCGCCUUUCCGCUGCAGCUCCGCCUUUCCUUUGGGCGCUCCCAUGGCCGGGCCGCCGGCGCCCCCGGUCACGCAGCAGGUCGGGCGGGCAAGGGGCUGCGGGCGGCGGGCGGAGCAGGAGCAGGAGCCGCUGCGGGAGGCUGCCCUGUGCCCGGUGCUGGACGCRGACGGCAGGAGCGUCCCCUUCCAGAGCCUGUACGGGGAGCAGAAAGCCAUCGUGCUGUUCGUGCGGUUGGCUGUGUUGCAGAAUUUUUUGUGUUACACCUGUAAGGAGUAUGUAGAAGAUCUGGCAAAAGUCCCCAAGGAAUUUUUACAAGAAUCRAAUGUGAGGCUUAUAGUUAUUGGACAGUCAUCUUAUCAUCACAUCAAGCCCUUUUGCAGUUUAACUGGGUAUACACAUGAAAUGUAUGUAGAUCCACAAAGGGAACUAUAUAAAAUACUUGGCAUGAAAAGAGGUGAAGGUAAUAAAGUAUCAGUUCAGAGCCCUCACGUGAAAUCCAAYACAUUUCUGGGAAGCAUAAGGAGUAUAUGGAGAGCAAUGACUGGCCCAGCUUUUGAYUUUCAAGGAGACCCUGCUCAGCAGGGAGGAGCUUUGAUUAUAGGCCCAGGCAAUGAAGUUCAUUUUUUGCACCUUGAUAAAAACAGGCUGGAUCAUGUUCCCAUUAACACAGUUUUGCAGCUGGCAGGAGUUAAAACAGUAAAUUUCUCAAACAAACCCCAGAUUAUUGACAUAUGACACCAAUGUAAUAUAUACUUUUUAAAUUUGUGCUCYACAAGAACAAUUCUCCAGUGAAUUCCAACAAGUAUCAGUUCUGUUGUGCCUUUGUGGGACAUCUGAAACCUUACGUGGAAAACCAAAACACAGAAAAAGCUACCUGACAAUAGAAAGGGACACAGAAGUUCURUUUCUAUUGAGUACAAGAUAAUAAAAAAUAAAAUAAAACAGAGACUUUUUGCAAAAAAUCCUAGACCUUAUUGUCUAUUGAAACAGUCUUGCUAUUGUAAUAUUUUAAAAAUCAUUUUUCAAGGUACACUWAAUUAAAAAAUUGGAUUUUGCUCAGGGAGAACUUGAGAUUCUUGCCUUCAGCACAUCAACACUGGCUUUUAACCAAACACUUCUCAGCACUGUUUUAAAGCUUCCAGCAUUGUAUGACAAUUUUGUAUUGAAAUACACCUUGAAAUUUCACAGUUUUGAACACCUUUGGACUUAAGCUUAUGCCUACAUUUGCAUCUGGCACUGGUAGUAAUUAUAAAAUACAUUUUACAAUUUCAAAUAAAUCUUUUAAAUACAUCAUCCAUUAUCUGGAAUUCUUUUGUAUGAUAUAAAAACAUGGGUUUGCAAGACCAGAGAUAGGUGUGUCUCAAAUUUGUAUGUGGUCAGAUUAUUGCUUUUGGAGUAAGCCAAAUUAUUUGUUUUCCUAUGCAGAUUUGCAGCAAAAUGUUCUCCUUUUGUAUGUAUGUACUUUCUCUCAGAGCAAGGGGUCUCUGAAUAAAUUGUCUGYAGUUAUUUCUGUCUUAGGCAACUGAGCAAAGCAUAACAGCAUUCUGGUUUGCAGUUCUGGCAUAUUUCUUACUAUCCAUUUAUCAACAAAUGUUUAUGUUGAGCAUCUAUUGCUUCCAUCAAAGUAGACGAGCCUUCUUUUAUCCAGGAGACACUUCUCUUUAGCAAUAUGAAAAAAAAAUGUUCAAGAUUUAUGGAGGAGUGUAUCCUUCUCUGCAGUCUCUGAUCUUCCCUGUAAAA